AUGUCUGAACGCAAAGUUCUUCAGAAAUACUACCCUCCGGAUUUUGAUCCCCGCGAAAUUAGUCGAAGACGCGGCCCAAAAUCUGACAACAGCGGACCCCGAAUCCAGACCGUCCGACUCAUGGCACCUUUCAGUAUGAAGUGCAUGACCUGCGGAGAAUUCAUAUACAAGGGUCGCAAAUUUAAUUCACGGAAAGAAACAAACAUGGAACAAAAGUACUUGAAUAUUCAGAUUUUCCAGUUCCACAUCAAGUGUACCAGAUGUAGCGCCGAGAUUAUCUUCAGAACAGACCCGAAGAACAACGACUACGCAAUGGUCAAAGGCGCCGUGCGCAACAUGGAGCCAUGGAGAAAUAAAGCUGCAGAAGAAGAAUCCGUCGACGAGAGGCUAGAUCGACUGGAACGGGAAGAGGCAGAGGCUGCUGGAGAGGAAGAGAAGAAUGCCAUGGCAGACCUGGAGGCUAAGAAUGCUGAUGCUAGGAGGGAAAUGGCUGCGGCGGAUAUGCUGGACGAAAUUCGACAACGGAAUGCCAGGAUACAUCGGUCGGAGAAGGAGGGAACGGAUUACGCUGAUUCCAUCGUGCGAGCCGAGGAUGAAGAGCGGGCAAGGCAGGAAAGGGAGGAUGAAGAGGCCGCUAAGAAGGCUUUUGCGGGAGCUCGAACCACGGCUGAGGCGCCGGAGGAGGGUGAUGAUAACUCUAGUAGCAAUGGAAUUUCAGCAGAGCAACGAAAGGUUGUUGCUGACAGCGCCGCAAUGCCGCCGCCUGCUCCGCCGCCGUCUUUCAAGAGGGUGGUGAAGAAGAAGAAGGAUCAUUCGGCUUUGCUGGGAAUCAAAAAGAAGCCCUCGCUGGUCUAA